AUGGGAAUCCAGGACAAGAUUAAUGAGAUAGAAGCUGAGAUGGCCAGAACCCAGAAGAACAAAAAGACCGAGCAUCACCUUGGUAUUCUUAAGGCAAAGCUUGCAAGAUAUAGGCAUGAGCUUGAUGCGCCAAAGGCCAAGGCUUCAAGAAGUGAGGGAUUUGAGGUUUCCAAGAGUGGAGAUGCCAGGGUUGCGUUGAUUGGAUUUCCUAGCGUCGGAAAAUCGACACUGUUGUCAAAGAUUACAAAUACAUACAGCAGAGCAGCGGAGCAUGAGUUUACCACCUUAGAAUGUAUAUCUGGAAAGAUGUAUUUGAAUGGAACAUGGAUCCAAGUCCUAGACCUCCCAGGAAUUGUUUCUGGGGCUUCGCAGAACAGGGGGAGAGGGAGACAGGUGAUAAGCAUUGCAAGAACAGCUGACUUGAUAUUGAUGGUUCUUGACCCUCGGAGGCAUGAAGAUAAGAGGACUCUUGAAAAUGAAUUGCAUGAGAUGGGGAUAAGACUGAACAAGAAAAAGCCUGACAUAUCACUUACAUGCACAACAAGUGGAGGGAUCAACAUUGGGGUAACCUGCCAGCUCACAAAGACAACUGAAGAGACAAUAAAGGCUAUUCUGAGGGAAUACAAGAUCAACAAUUGCCAGAUGUUUGUAAGGGAGGAUGUGUGUGAUGAUGAUAUUAUAGAUCUUGUUAGUGGGUCCUCUGUUUAUGUGGAUUGUUUAUAUGUAUACAAUAAGAUAGAUGAGCUUUCUUUAGAAGACUUUAACAAGGUUGCAGAAUAUCCUGACAGUACACUCAUAAGUUGCCAGAAAGAAUGGAAUAUCGAUAUGCUACUUGAGGAUAUAUGGAAUAAGCUGGGACUUACAAGAAUUUAUACAAAGAAGAAGGGAGUGUUCCCCACCCUAGAUGACCCGGUUGUGAUUAGGGAAGGAGGAACAGUGAAGGACUUAUGUGCCCACAUUCACAAAGACUUUCUUUUGAGCUUUAAGCAUGCAUUGGUGUGGGGGACCAGUGCAAAGCACAGCCCACAGAAAGUUGGCCUUGGCCAUACUUUAGAAGAUGAGGACGUGGUUCAGAUCUUUCUGAAAUAA